AUGUUUCUUGUUCUUAUCUUUGGCUUGCCGUGCUUAAGCUUUGCUCAUAUUGGUUAUUCAACUCAGAGUUAUUGCCUAGAUGAGAUUAAUACUGAUAAACUUCUACUUGAAUGCCCAGAUAAUCAAUUAAUUAAAAUAGGUCGCAUCAUUUAUGGUUAUUCAUGGUCAAAUGAUUGUUCGUAUAUCGACAAAGAUUGUACGAUGGAUGUCCCACGUGAAGAUAUUAUUUGUUCAACUAUUUCAAAUUGUACAGUUCGUGUUGUUGAACAUCCAUUGAUUUUACAAGAUUGCUGGAAUUUAGCUGCGUCAUACAUUCAAGCUGAAUAUGAAUGUCUCCGGGAUUAUUCGUUGGUCAACAUUUGUCAAUCACAAGAUCUCACUUUAUCGCAUGGAUUUCUUUCAACGCCUAAUUAUCCGUAUGGAUUUUUAUCCAAUUUAAAUUGUUUAUGUACGUUACUUGCAUCGCCCGAUCAUUCAAUCGCGCUUGAAAUAAUUAAUUUCUAUUUACCAACGUGUGCUGAAGCUGGUCUGCUUCUAUGGAUUGGGCAAGACUCUCAAACAAAAUGUCUUACACAAGAACCAGUGACACUUAUCAGUAGUAUUCAACAAAAUGUCACAUUUCGAUUUUAUACAUUAAAAGCUAAUAGACAAGCUGGAUUUUUAAUGAAAUAUUCUGUUCUACCUGACUCGAAUAAUGCUACCGUACGAUUACAGUGUUAUGUUGCAUCGUCAUCAUCAUCAAUGAAUCGAUCGAUAAUAUCAAGUAGUUUAUUAGCAUCAAAAUAUUUUCGACAAAAUCCGAAUCUAUUUAAUCAUGAAAAUGAAAAAGAAUCAUCUGUUACUCAUUCAGAUGAUUUUUCAAAACGAUUACGACCUAUUACAUCAAUGAUUGAAACUUAUUCAGAUCUUUUACCGGUAAAUAAACCACAGCAAUCGCAAGGCUUGAAUCAAUCAACAUACAAACAAUAUUUAUUACCGAAUUCUACAACAUUUUCAAGUUCAAAUAUAAAUUUAAUUAUUAUAUUUAUUGUUGCAGUAAUUGUCUUUUUGAUCAUCAUUAAUGUUCUUCUUUGGUUCAUGUGUUCUUUACGGCUAAACAGUUCUAAAUCAACGUCAUCUGUUGAAAAUCUAUGUUCUCAUAAAAUGCAUUUAAAUAAAAAACCAAAAUCGCCAAUUCAUCAUGAACUUGGUCAAUCAUCGAAUCGUUUAAAAACCCUCCAUUCAUUAUUAUAUCUUGAUCAUAGAACUGUUGACAUCAAUCCAAUAAAAACCAAUCUUAGUCGUGAUAUCGAUUCAGGCUUAUCAGAAUAUCACAUACCAUCGCAUUCAUCAUCACCAAGUGUUAAUCAUGGUUUUAUAAUUAAAUCUCAAUCAAAUGAAAUAACUGACGAACCAAGACAAAUUAAUUCAUGGGACGAUAUUUAA